AUGGCUAAGUACUACUGUGACUACUGUCGAACCUACCUCACCCAUGACAAACCCAGUGUCCGCAAAAACCACUUGACGGGGCGUACCCAUCUCAAGCUCUACUGUCAGCACUAUGAGCAGAAAGCUCGUGAGCAGGGGCUCUGGAACCCCAAUGACAUGCCCUACGAAAUCACCGGCGCCUGGCUCAAUCGAGGCGCCCCUGGCUCCUCGGUCCCAGCAUCGCUGGCGAUGCUUCCUCCGCCGCCUACUUUACCUGGUUUACCUAAUCCUCCUCCCGCUGUGAUCAGAGACCUUGAACGUGAGCAACGAGCCAUCCAUGACGCUCGCCCCAAAGAAUUCAAAUGGUAA